AUGCGUGGUAACGCUUUGUCCAUUUUCGCCGCCUUGUCCCUCGGGGGCUUCCAGCUGGUGGCUGCGCAGCGAGCUAUUCAAGAUGACGAUGCGACGCACGUGGAACGACCGCGCUACUAUUUUCCUCAGAAUAUCAAGCGUACCGUUCGGAACAACACCUACACCGACACCGACACCAACCCUCUCGGCUCUUUGGUAGACGACCUUACCGGAGCUACCCCGACUACCUCCUCUGCUGCUGCUUCAUCAACCGGAGAGGAAGUUGUUGUGGUCAUUUCCAUUGACGCCGAAGGACACCGUCACACCAUUACCACCGAGACCCGGGCAAACGCUGCUUCAACCACCAAGGCCACUACAACCACCGCUGCGGACGACACCACCGACACGACAACAACUGGAACUGACACUACCGCGGCGGAUAGUACUACUGCGGCAACCACCUCGAAGAGCUCCACCCCCGUUUCCACCACGGCCAGCUCGACAGCUACCGCUUCCUCAAGCAACAUUAUCAGUGACGUUGAAAGCGAUGUCUCGGACCUCCUGAGCGGCAGCACCACCACCGCCGCUUCCAACGGAACUUCUGCGACCACCGCUACGGCCAACACGACUUCCGCCACUGCUUCCAUUGCUGCUUUGUCUUCUCCCUCUGCUUCCACUUCUGGUUCUGUUUCCGCUUCUGCAACCGCCUCUUCCACUGACGACAUUCUUGGUUGGUUGUUGGGAACGGACUCGGCCACUGCUAGCUCAACGGCUCUGAACAGCACUGCUACGGCCACUAACACUACUGGUUUGGCUACCAUCCCUGUUAGCGUUCCCGUGACUUCUAGCCCUACUGCUACUGGUGAUGCUCUCACCAGCCUUCUCAACUCCGUUUCGGCCAUCUUGAACAGCACCGAAUCUACCACCAGUGGAAUUGGCGCAAUCCCUACCCCCCAGGCUAGUCUGAACCCCUUCAAGUCGGGAACCGCCAGCGCUACUCCCGUUGGUACUGGCAGCGGCAGCGGCACAACUAGUGGUAGCACUAGCACCGGUACUUCUACCAGCUCUAUUGGUAUCAUUCCUGUUCCCCACUCCCCUAGUGCCGGUUCUGGAACUGGCUCUGGCAAGGCCACCGGAUCUGGUGUCAUUCCCACUCCCACUGGAAGCCAGACCGUCAAAGUGACCCCUACUUCCACUGCUUCCCCGACACCUAUCCCCGUGGUCGAGACCACCACUUCCUCUCACGCUGAGUCUACCACCAGCACCAGCACUAGUCACACCGAGAAGCCCGCUGAGACCACCUCCUCCGACAACACCAGCGACUGGAUGCCCUCUAGCAUUCUGAUCCAGCCUUCCACCACGGAGAGUGCUAUUAGCACUAGCACUGCCACCACCACCGCUGCUGCCGCCGCCCUUCCUGACUCGAUUACUCCUUCCAACAGUGUCACGCAGGCUCCUUCUGACUCCAUUAUGCUUCAGCUCGGUUUCGACGGAAGCCUUCCCUGGUCCUUCGUUGCUACUACCCCUCUGUCUUCGUCUCAGAUCUUCGAGUACAUCCCUCAGGCUCUUGAGCACGCCCUGCCCUACUGGGGUAGCAAGGCCGCGAUGUACGCCCUCGAGCCUUACUACAACUGGCAGAAGACUGGAUACAACGCUACCAUUGCCAUCUUCUACUUCCCUCGUGAAGGUUACACUAAGCUGCUUUCCCAGAAGAACAACCCGAACUCUCUCCUUUACACCGAGGAGCAAAGCGCCACCACCAAGGCCCUGAUGACCAUGAUUGACUCUUCUAUUCCUCUGGAAUUCACCGGUAACUGGCCUAGUGAUGACGGCGAGUCUUCUUCUGGUUCCGAUGGUGGCGAUGGCAGCAGCAGCAGUGGCAGCAGCGGUAGUAACGACGGCAGCGAUUCCUCCUCUGAUGGUACCUCUAGCAGCAGCAAGGGCAGCGCCAGCUCCGCCGGUAUCGCCGUUGGUGCUGUUGCUGGUGCCGCCGCCUACGGUGCCGCUAUGUUCUGGGUUGCUCGCCGUUACCGCCAGCGCAAGCAACUGCACCAGCGCUCUAGCUCUGUUGACGCGGGUAGCCAAGGUUCCUCCGUCGUCGGUGCUGGUAACCGCGUGUCCGGUAGCCAGCGCUCCCAGAUGAUCAGUGCCCCCGUUAUGGCUGAAAACUCUCUGGGCUGGAACUAG